AUGCCCCUGUUCCUGCUUCUCACCUGCCUCCUCACCACCGUCACCCCAGGGUCACCUAUGGCCCUAGAUCCUUGCUCUGCCUAUAUCAGUCUGAACGAGCCCUGGAGGAACACUGACCACCACUUAGAUGAGUCUCAGAACCAACCCCUGUGCGACAACCACAUGGACGGGGAGUGGUACCGCUUCACAGGUAUGGCAGGGGAUGCCAUGCCCACCUUCUGCAUACCAGAAAACCACUGUGGGACCCAUGCCCCUGUCUGGCUCAAUGGCAGCCACCCCGUAGAAAGUGAUGGCAUCGUGCAACGCCAGGCCUGUGCCAGCUUCAAAGGGAACUGCUGUCUGUGGAACACCACAGUGGAGGUCAAGUCUUGCCCUGGAGGUUACUACGUCUACCGGCUGACCAAGCCCAGCGUCUGCUUCCACGCCUACUGUGGCCAUUUUUAUGACAUUUGUAAUGAGGACUGCCACCCCAUCUGCCUGGACACCACCGAGUGCGCAUGCUCCCCGGGAACCUCACUGGGCCCAGAUGGGCAGACUUGCUUUGAUGAGAACGAGUGUGAGCAGGACAAUGGUGGUUGCAGUGAGAUCUGUGUAAACCUCAAAAACUCACACCGCUGUGCGUGUGGGGUCGGCCGUGUGCUCAGCAGCGAUGGGAAGACUUGCGAAGACACCGAAGGAUGCCACAACAACAAUGGCGGCUGCAGCCAUUUCUGCCUUGGGUCUGAGAAGGGCUAUCAGUGUGAGUGUCCCCGGGGCCUAGUGCUAUCUGAAGAUAACCACACUUGCCAAGUCCCCGUGUUGUGCAAGUCCAGCGCCAUUGAAGUGAGUGUCCCCAGGGAGCUGGUCGGAGGCCUGGAGCUCUUCCUGACCAACACUUCCUGCCGAGGAGUGUCCAACGGCACCCAUGUCAACAUCGUCUUUUCCCUCAAGACCUGUGGCACCGUGGUUGAGGUGGUGAAUGACAAAAUCGUGGCCAGCAACCUCGUGACGGGUCUGCCCAAGCAGACCCCUGGGAGCAGCGGGGACAUCAUCAUUAGGACGAGCAAACUGCUGAUCCCCGUGACCUGCGAGUUCCCACGCCUGUACACCAUCUCCGAAGGAUACGUGCCCAACCUGCGCAACGCCCCACUGGAAAUCAGGAGCCGAAACCACGGCAUCUUCCCCUUCACGCUGGAGAUCUUCAAGGACCACGAGUUCGAGGAGCCGUACCGUGAGUCUCUGCCCACGCUUAAGCUUCGCGACUCACUUUACUUUGGCAUCGAGCCGCAGGUGCACGUGACCGGCCUGGAGAGCCUGGUGGAGAGCUGCUUUGCCACGCCCACUGCCAAGAUGGAUGAGAUCCUCAAGUACUACCUCAUCCAAGAUGGCUGUGUUUCGGAUGACUCCGUGAAGCAGUAUUCCUCCCGGGACCACCUAGCAAAGCACUUCCAGGUCCCUGUCUUCAAGUUUGUGGGCAAAGAUCACAAGGAGGUAUUUCUACACUGCCGGGUCCUUGUGUGUGGAGUGCUGGAUGAACGCUCCCGCUGUGCCCAGGGGUGUCACCGGCGAGUGCGUCGAGGGGUGGGUGAAGACGAGGACACUGCUGGGCUGCAGAGCCAGACGCUGACGGGCGGCCCCAUCACCAUUGACUGGGAGGACUAGUCCCUGCUUCCGGCUGCCUU